GGCGACUAACAGUCCAAAACUAAAAGCGGACUUCCCAAUCCAAUCCAACUACACAAUUACACAUCACCGGUGCCGGUUGUAUAACGAACCAACCAGCAACUCAAAAUCAUAUUGAUCCACACAGGACAGAGAUCGGUCACAGAAUGAUCUCCGACGGUGUUGAAGACGAAGAGAAAUGGCUGACUGCUGGCAUCGCCGGCCUUCAACAGAACGCCUUUUACAUGCAUCGCGCUUUGGAUUCGAAUAAUAUAAAGGAUGCGUUGAAAUACUCUGCUCAGAUGUUAUCGGAGCUACGUACUUCUAGGCUUUCCCCUCACAAAUACUACGAGCUCUAUAUGAGGGCAUUUGAUGAAUUGAGGAAGCUGGAGAUCUUUUUCAAGGAGGAGAGUAAUCGUAGUUGCUCUAUUAUUGAGCUUUAUGAACUUGUGCAGCAUGCAGGAAACAUAUUGCCGAGACUGUAUCUGCUUUGUACAGUAGGAUCUGUGUACAUUAGGUCUAAGGAGGCUCCUGCGAAGGACAUCCUAAAAGAUCUUGUUGAAAUGUGUCGUGGUAUUCAGCAUCCUCUUCGUGGACUCUUCCUAAGGAGUUAUCUAUCUCAAGUUAGUAGGGAUAAGUUACCUGAUAUUGGUUCCGAGUAUGAAGGGGAUGAGAACACUGUUAUGGAUGCUGUCGAGUUUGUACUUCAGAACUUCACAGAGAUGAACAAACUGUGGGUUCGAAUGCAACACCAGGGACCUGCUCGAGAGAAGGAAAAACGUGAAAAGGAGAGGAACGAGCUUCGUGAUCUUGUUGGAAAGAAUCUACAUGUUCUCAGUCAGAUUGAAGGCAUUGACCUAGAGCUGUACCGGGACGUUGUUCUUCCCAGAGUCCUGGAGCAGGUUGUAAAUUGCAAAGAUGAUCUUGCCCAGUAUUAUCUAAUGGAUUGUAUAAUUCAAGUAUUUCCUGAUGAGUACCAUUUACAGACUCUUGAAACAUUAUUGGGUGCUUGUCCACAGCUUCAGCCUUCUGUUGACAUUAAGACAGUACUUUCUGGUUUAAUGGAGAGGCUAUCUAAUUAUGCUGCAUCAAGCACUGAGGUUUUACCAGAAUUUGUCCAAGUAGAAGCUUUUGCAAAACUGAACAAUGCCAUAGGUCAGGUUAUAGAGGCACAAGCUGAUAUGCCUGUUUUUGGGGCUGUAGCUUUAUAUUCAUCUCUUCUGACAUUUACACUCCAUGUCCAUCCUGAUCGGCUUGACUAUGUGGAUCAAAUAUUGGGUGCAUGUGUUAGCAAAAUUGCUGGCAAAGGAAAGCUGGAAGCGAAAGCAACAAAGCAGAUUGUUGCACUUCUAAGUGCUCCAUUGGAGAAAUAUAAUGAUAUAGAUACUGCACUAAAACUUUCAAACUAUCCUCUUGUCAUGGAGUACCUGGAUGAUAGAACUAACAAAGUGAUGUCUAAUGUUAUAAUUCAAAGCAUCAUGAAAAACAAGACUCACAUCUCAACUGCUGACAAGGUUGGGGCUUUAUUUGAACUAAUAAAAGGGCUUAUCAAAGAUUUGGAUGCCAAUAAUGAUGACGAGAUGGAUGAGGAUGAUUUUAAGGAAGAGCAGAAUUCUGUUGCGCGUCUAAUUCAGAUGUUGUAUAAUAAUGAUCCAGAAGAGAUGUUAAAGAUUAUAUGUACGGUGAGGAAGCAUAUUCUGACUGGAGGACCCAAGCGACUUCCCUUUACAGUUCCUCCACUYAUAUAUAAUGCUCUCAAGUUGGUUAGGCGAGUACAAAGUCAGGAUGAUAACGUUACUGAAGAGGAAACAGCAUCAGCCACACCAAAGAAGAUCUUUCAAAUAUUGAAUCAGACAAUUGAGACAUUGUCAACGGUUCCAGUACCCGACCUUGCAUUGAGGUUAUACUUGGAGUGUGCUGAGGCUGCCAAUGACUGUGAUCUAGAACCUGUAGCAUAUGAGUUUUUCACCCAAGCAUACAUAUUAUACGAAGAAGAAAUUUCGGAUUCCAAAGCACAAGUAACAGCACUAUACCUCAUUAUAGGGACUCUUCAACGGAUGCACACCUUUGGGGUUGAGAACAGGGAUACAUUAACCCACAAGGCCACAGGGUAUUCAGCAAAGCUCUUGAAGAAGCCAGAUCAGUGCAGAGCUGUUUAUGCUUGUUCACAUCUGUUCUGGGUUGAGGAUCAGGACGGAGUCAAGGAUGGUGAGAGAGUAUUGCUUUGCUUGAAACGUGCGUUAAGAAUUGCAAAUGCCGCACAACAAAUGGCAAAUGUGGCAAAAGGUAGCAGCGGAUCAGUGAUGCUGUUUAUCGAGAUCCUAAACAAGUAUCUAUACUUUUUCGAGAAGGGAAACACACAAAUCACGGUUGCUUCAAUUCAAGGACUGAUUGAAUUGGUAACAACCGAAAUGCAAAGCGAUACAUCUACAUCAGAUCCAGCUGCCGAUGCUUUUCUCGCUAGUACAAUCCGGUACAUCCAGUCACAGAAGGACAAGGGUGGAGCAACGGGGGAGAAAUUUGAGGCAAUCAAGGUGUGAUUUUUUGCGGUUUUUCAUCAAGGAUGUAACGAUAGUCUGCAAGCGGGUAUUCAGGUAUGGAUACGAUUUCUAGCCCUGAUGGAGUAUGUGUUCUAUGGUUGUCUAUAUAUUUGGCUGACUUACCUGAUGGUUUUAUUUUACACUACAAAUUCAAGAACAAAAUAGGAAGAGAAGGAACAUGUUCGAUUUAAGAAACCUUUUUUGGUCCUUCAAAUUUUAACUUCACUUUUGGAGAAAUGUAGUUGUGGAUGCACCCUGAUAGUGUUAAAAGGUAUAUAUCGUAUGAACUUGCAUCA